UAUGGCUGGGAACCCAUGUUUAUCUCUAAAAUAAUGAGCAUUAGAGAAAAAGAGCUGAAGGUUUUACAGAAACAUUCAAUGUGUGACUGGAUCGACACGUUUGCCUACACAGGAGCAACGUUCUGGAUAACAUUCCUUAUGCUGGUGACCUACGUCAGCUUUGAUAAGAAUCAUUUUCUCAGCACAAGAACAGCUUUCCUUGCAAUAAAUUAUAUAAAUUUGAUCAGGAUGGCCAUAACAAAUUUUCCUCUUAACAUCAAGUAUGCUGUUAAAAUGGCUGGUUCUAUUGUUCGAAUUAACAAAUUUCUUCAGACAGAAGACUUUGACUCAACUGAAUAUAACACUUUAGAUGAUCUUGCCAUAAGGGUGGACAAUGCUUCAUUUUCAUGGGGAAAAUCAGGAAAUAUGAUCCUCAAAAACAUCAAUUUAAAGAUUGAGCCUGGCAAGCUGGUGGCAGUGGUGGGGUCAGUCGGUGCUGGGAAAUCAUCUCUGCUGCUAGCUCUACUGGGAGAGAUGAACAGGACUUCAGGCAGCUCAAAUAUCAAUUCCUCUCUAGCCUAUGUACCACAGCAAGCUUGGAUCCAGAAUGCAACAGUGAGAGAGAACAUUACAUUUGGCCAGGAAUUUGAUCCAACUUUUUAUAAAACUGUCAUUGCUGCCUGUGCUUUGAACCAAGACCUAGAGAUUUUACCUGCUGGUGACCUGACAGAAAUUGGAGAGAAAGGAGUGAACUUGUCAGGUGGACAGAAGCAGAGAAUUUCUCUAGCAAGAGCUGUCUAUAGCCAGGCUGACAUCUACCUGUUUGAUGAUCCAUUGGGUGCAGUGGACAGCCAUGUGGGACAACACAUCUUCCAACAUGUUAUCAGCAACACUGGACUUUUAAACAGGAAGACUCGUGUCCUAGUCACACAUGGAAUUCAUUUUUUGUCAAACGUUGACUUGGUUGUUGCUAUGCAUGAUGGUAAAAUUGUAGAUUCUGGGGGCCCUGAAAUUUUACAUCUUGGGAACAAGCGCUUUGAAAACAUACUACUUGAUUUAGGUGUGUGUUUAAAAGAACAGGAAGAUGGAUCUAUUGAUAGGAGCAAACUCACAACAUUGGAAGAAACUCAAAUAGGAAAAGUCAAAUGGAAAGUUUAUUUGGAUAUCAUCAAAGGUUAUGGUGUACCAUAUGUUUUCCUGACAGCUGUUUUUAUAUGUGGCUUCCAUGUUGCCUAUAAUGCAGCAUACAUAAUUUUGACAAUGUGGAUAGGAGAUAUUCGAUUGUCCAACAUGACAAAGUUACCAACUAACAGCAAUGAAAGAUAUGAGAUAAAUAAACAUUAUGUUCAGUCGUAUCUUAUAUGGGGCUGUAUUCAGUCCUUUUGCUGUUUGGUAUAUUCAGGACUGUUCCAGUUCCGUCAUGUGACCACCUGUCGAUGGAUACAUGCAAAACUUAUAAAUGCAGUGCUAAGAGCACCCAUGAGUUUUUUUGAUACAACUCCAAUGGGCCGAAUUUUGAACAGGUUUAGUCAAGAUUUGGAUGUUCUAGACAGUGAAAUAUUUUUACAUUUGGAACAAUAUUACAUUAGGACUUCAUGUCAGCUGAGGCGUAUCACAUCCAAAAAUCGCUCACCUGUAUUUGCUCACUUCAGCGAGACACUGUCUUGUCUGACUGUCAUCAGAGCACACAGGCAGCAGCUGAGGUUCACACAAGACUCUCACAUGAAGGUCGACUUCUUUCAGAGACCUAUGAUGAUCAUGUAUGCAACAAACAAAUGGGUGCAAACUCGUUUGGAUAUUAUUACAUAUAUUUUAAUUGCUGGUGUUACCCUCUUUACAAUAAUUAAUAGAGGGGAAGUGGCCCCAGGUCUGGUCAGUUUGUCCAUUACUUUUGUAUUAAUGAUAACAAAUGACAUGACAUUGGUGACAAGAAUGUCAAGUGACCUUGAAUCAAACAUUAUAUCUGUCGAGAGAAUCAAAGAAUAUUCACAAAUUAAAAACGAGGCUCCUUGGACUUUGCCAGAUGACAGUAGAUUAUCAGGUGUGUGGCCACUGAAUGGAAAUAUAGAAUUUGUUAAUUAUAGUGCAAGAUACAGAGAAGGAUUAGAUUUUGUGCUGCGAAAUAUCAAUGUGUCGAUAAAUGCUGGAGAAAAGAUUGCAAUUGUAGGAAGAACAGGGGCAGGUAAAUCUUCUAUGGUUCUUGCCCUUUUCCGUUUGAUUCAAGCAGCAAGUGGGUACAUUGCAAUAGAUGGUGUGGACAUUUCAAAGAUUGGGCUACACACACUUCGACAUGCUGUCACCAUACUGCCACAGGAUCCAGUACUAUUUGCUGGAAGUUUGCGCAUGAAUCUUGACCCAUCCAACAAAAAAUCUGACAUAGAACUCUGGGAUAGCUUAGAACAUGCCAACCUUAAAGACUUUGUUCAACAGUUGCCCAAUCAGCUGGAAUAUGAUGUUGGGGAGGGUGGAGAAAAUCUCAGUGUGGGGCAGAAACAGCUGAUCUGCCUAGCCAGAACUCUACUGAGAAAGACAAAAAUCUUAGUUUUUGAUGAAGCAACAGCUUCAGUGGACAUAGAGACAGAUGAUUUUAUUCAGAAAACUAUAAGGACUGCUUUUAGGGACUGUACAGUGAUCACCAUAGCCCACAGAAUUCACACAGUCAUGGAUUAUGACAGAAUUAUUGUGCUAGAGCAAGGUAAAAUUAUAGAAGUUGAUUCUCCGAGCAAUUUACUACAGAACAGCAAAUCCAAGUUUUAUUCUCUGGCUCACAGUUAUGACACCGUUUGAUUGAAUGUUUCAUCCACCACUGUUGUGGCAAUAUGUUAUUGAAUGAAACCGUACUGUUCUGUUUUAAUAAUAGUAUAUCGCGUGUUUCAUAAAUAUAUUUAAAAAUAUUUAUUAA